AUGGCAGAGAAAGCAAGCAAACUAAAGCAGAGGAAAAGGAAAGAGAAGCAAGGUAAUGAACAUGAACGAGAUGAAAAAUGUUAUUUACGUUGGAACAUACAAAUGGAUCAUUCAUUAGCAGAGAUACUUAGAGAAGAACGCCAGAUGGGUCACAAAGGAGAUGGUGGUUGGAAAUCAGUUGCUUAUAACACUGCUGCAGCCAUAUUGUCUGCCCAAUAUAAUAUUGAAGUAAGUGCUGAUAACAUUAAAAAUCGUGUCAAGACAUGGAAAAAGUUUUAUGCUGUAGUCAGUGACAUAUUAAGUCAGAGUGGAUUUAGUUGGGAUGCAACAAAAAAGAUGAUCACUAUAGAUGAAGAGAAUGUUUGGAAUGAGUAUGUGAAGUCUCAUGAAGAUGCUAGAACUUUUCGAUAUAAAGUAAUUGCAAAUUGGGAUGAUAUAGUGGAUUUAUGUGGCAAAGAUAGAGCUACUGGAGAGGGUGCUGAAACAUGUUUUGAAGCUGCUGAGGUUAUGACCCCUGAUAGCGAACCGAAUAAUUUUGUUGACUUGGGUGCUGAUACUCAAGGUUUUGAGAAUUCUCACAUUGAUGAUGUCUCACCCAAUUCUAGGUGUCCAAAGAAAAGAAAUCAACCAUCUUCUGAAAUUCGCCCACCAAAGAAAAGAGGUACUCCUAAUGUUCUUGCUGAUUCAGUGGCUAAAAUGGCUUCAUCGUUCGAACAAUUUAUCAAUGCUACCUACAAAAGCUUGAUCCAUUAG